AAGGUUAUGACGUCAUCCUGCAAACGUCGUGGUAUUUUUGGUAAAAGAUAAAAAAAAAAAAAGCAAUGAAACCGCCGUCGAAGUCAAAAUCCGAGUCCAAGGUGCAGAGACAACUGCACGAGGACGCAUGGCGGAAAGAAUUGGAAGCGAUUAGCAUAAACGACGAGCACUGGUGGUGCAUGAUAACCAUGAUGGUGGAGUCGUCAGCAGAGCACUCGCAGUACGUGUCCAUGUUGAACGAAGCAGCCGAAGGUGACAGGCGAAAGUCCGUAUAUCUCUUGAGCGCGAGACAACUUAUAGCAUCCGUUAAAACCCUCUCGAAAUUUGAGCUGGAUAAGUGUCCAACAGUUCAGGGUAUUUGUCACUAUGCUAACAAGUUCCUGUCUCAAGGAGAAGGUUCCUUGCCGACCUGGCUCCUGGCCAGGAUGAUCAAGUUCCUGGUAUAUCGUGCCAAGGUCGAGAACGUGACACGAGCCAGGCGCGAAAUGAUACUCAAGCGUGACAUCGAGAUGGAGAAUCAGCAUAUGCAAAUGGCUGACAGUCCCGGGGUGACAAGUGCGAGCAAACAGCGCAAAAGGACACCGGCCGAGGACUCGUACGCGAAUGCCAAAGCAAAUACAAGGCUGAGAAAGCGCGACGAGGAGUGGCGUGAGAAGGUGUACGUCGACGAUGCUCCAGAGGAUGGCCCUGACCUUUACGUAGUUCUCGUGGGGUUCUAUGAUCCGGAAUUGGUGCUGGAAUUGAUCAGGCUCGAUGUUCCUCUGACAGCUGUACUGAAGGUGAAGGGACCUGAGGAUGUAAUUGAAUUCGGUACGGACGAUGCUGCCGCGACGAGGAAGGCUAAGACGUCUACUGGUAUUGGUUUCAGUAAACUGAGUCUAGUCAGGUUUUGGGACGAGUUCGAGAAACGUAUAAAAAAUUCUGAUACCACUUUGGAUUACUGCUGUCUCAUGCGGCGUACCUUUUGUCCCCCUGCAAUAUUACCACUCGAUACCAACUCUCAGUUUGAGGCUGCCAAGGCGGAUUUGUACGAUAGAAUGUCCUACAUAGUCUACGAUCUCUAUGACGUGUAUAGGCAGCAUGUCUCUUACGUGAGGAGUAUGAAGCUUCAGAGCGGAAUAGUCGAGGUUAGUAAGAGGGAACGAGAAAAUAUGAAGACGUAUCACGAGAUCUUAGAUUCUAUGCCCGUGGAAGCUGCGAUCGUUCCAAUGAUACUCGACGCUAUGUUGACUCAGGUCGAGGACGAUCUUGGUUCUUCGACGAGUGACUUAAGUGAAAAUUUGGAAAAUUUGGAAAAAAAAAGUGUAGUUACGUACGAGGGUGAAGUGGGAGAAAAUCAUAGAAAGAGACUCGAGGAAAAUCGAGAUUUGCGGAUGAUUCUUCAUGGUGACGAUUUGACUUUGAAUAAUUGUUUGGCUGAUGCGAGGAAUGGAAUUUUUCGUUUCACGGAAGAGCGUGUUUCUCUUUUCGUGGAAAUUUUGAAAAAUCUUGACAACGUUUUACGGAAUAUGGGAAUAGCUAGGAUUUGGAGGGAUUUUCCAGAAGUCAGCCGAGAUACACUGAGACUGUACGAAUAUCACAUGGAAAAGUUAGGAAAGUGUUUCGAACCCAAAGCAAUGAACGUCGAGAGCGUGUAUCAUUACAUUAAUCUCAUGAUAUUCGAUAAAAUGAUUUUUAAAUUCGAUAGUGUCGAAAAUAAUACGAGGAGUAAUACUCCAAAAAUUAAUUCAUUUUCAGAUAUCACAUUGCAGGACUCGAAAUCCAAAUCGAUAUCGGAUUACAAAAUUUCUUACUCCAGGGAUGAUAAUUUAUUUUCAAAAAAUAAUACUUCGACUCGUUCCUUCAGCGAUAGUCGCAUUGAUUAUGGAAAAUCAAUGGAAGAAACGUUCGAAUGUAUUCCUCUGAUUUCUCUAAUAGAUCCCCUUGAAAUGUUUGAUUACACGUUGGCAGAAAAAAUGAUACUUGAGACCACCGGAGAUCUACCCCUCAGCGAAUUCGAUUCGAUGGAAUUACUUUCAACCUCGAUUUUUUUGCAAACGGUAUGUACCUGUUUACGUCAUUUUGACGAAUAUCAGUACAGAUAUUCCCAGCUGACGGAUUCAGUUCUGUUACAUUUUUAUCACACGUACGAACCCGACGGGGUGUUCGAGAAACGAAAAUCAGCGACUAUAAGAACCCCAGUCUGUUUGCGUGAUUUUUGCGAUUAUGUACUCAACGAAGAAGCAGACUGGUUACGAGGCGAGGAGGAUAAAUACAAAAAUGAGAUAAAAAAAGUCAAAGAUACAACAUUAAAAUUGAUGAACAUCGAAGAUGCGAAAACACGUGCGGAAGACUUUCGAGAAUUCUGCGACGAAGAUUUUAUCCUUUCAUCUUCACUGAAGGCAAAAAGUAUAAAUAGGACGCAGAUCUCCGUGCCGAUUCAAGGUACCGAAUUAAAGAACAAAACAAAAGUUACUUCCGCGCCGAAAGAAAGCAAAGAGAUAAAGGUCAAGUCGUCCGGUAAGAAAGGAGAAAGCAGAGAAAAAAAGCUCGAAAAGAAACUCGAAAAAAAGCUCGAAAAGAAACCCGUGGAAAGUGAGACGUCGUUUUUACCACGAAGAAAAAUCCUCGAAGCGCGUUGCGCGCGGGAUGAAGAUCCUUACGAUUUUAUUGGAUACGAUCUAGGAAAGAGUCGUAUUCAAAUUUCAAGUACUGAAAAUUUUUUUUUUUCCAAAGACGGUACCUCGGUACGGGUCUAUCGCGAGGAAUGGUUGUAUCAAAAAACCCAAUUGCACAUUACCAUAACAUAUCCAGAGUGCAGUUUGAAAUUGUGUCACGUAGCAAAUGGUUCGUCGUCACAUAUGUAUCACUUGAUGACAAGAGACGGUGGAAUUUUAGCGUUUUCCAGAGACGAAGAUAGUAUUCAAACGAAUUCCUCUCAAGUAAUAACGAAAAAAAUUAUCACACAAUUUCGUGCUUCGUUUUCUUCUGGAUUGGUCAUAGAACCAGUACUCUUAGGGAAUGUGGAAACUCCACUUUACGUACAGCAGCAUUACGUUUCAAAGGAACAAAACUCACUUGACACCGAUAAACAUGAGAAAUACAGAAAGUUUCUUAGAAACGGAACAGUACUGAAGUUCUUAAUGAACGGCGCUGUAAUCGUUUUACGACCAAACGGUACCAUUGUCAAUUGCCACAGUUUCGAAAGGAUUGAAAAACAAAAAAAUGUUGACAGAACAGUGUCAAAGAUCAAGAAAGAUUCUAGCAUAUCACUGAACAAUAAAUCCAAAAGGAAGAAUACAGUUGAGUCACGUCGUCAACGUGUCCACGAAGAAGAUCAAUUAUCCAAGAUCUCAGGAGAUGAUCAGGCGAGUAAAAAGAUUUUUAAAAAACAAGAAAACAAAAGUUUCCACAGUUAUCACUCAUUCCAUUCGCGCGUCAUCUUAUUAUCUCAUAAUUGUUUCAUUCUACUCCCCUUUUUUGCCCAUACAAAAAAAAAGCAGACAAGCUCGAACACAGACAUAUCCGAUUCCACUGAUUUUCGAAUAUCCGAUUACACCGUUAUUGAUCACGAUGGAAACCAUUAUCAAGUUUCGAACGAUCAAAUCGUUCGCCAAUUUGAUGGAUUAAUCGUCAGAAAUCAAUCUGAUUAUGAAGUCGAUGAAAUAUUUAUUCGUAGGGCUGACGGAACGAACAUGUUACUCAAUUCGAAGGGCGAAUUGAUUACAUCGUUUACGGAUGGGACAAGAAUCGUUACUGGGUACGUAAUCGAAUCGGAAUCAAUAAUUUGCGAUUGGUCCAUCCAAGAGUUGGAAAUGUACUUUGGACAAGGCGGAUCAGCUGAAAAUAUCUCGGAUAAUGUUUCUGACUCGAAUUCAAACCGUGAAAGUCACACGGAUCUGGAUAUGAUGAGGAUAUUGAGCGAAGAUUCCUUUGUGCUGAUAGCGUUGACCUGUCGCUUUGAACAUAAAAAUUAUGCGACCGUGAUGUACGAUCAGUCUACACUUGGGUGCACGUUGUUAAUGCCUAACGACGUUGAAGUUAUGAUAUCGGCUGAUGGACGUUACGACAUAAAGGUGAAGUCCGAAGUGGCCCUAAAGAUUGACAAAGGACAAUUGGAGUUUUCGAGAAAAAUUUGUCAAGCUUGCCAAGGAACUUCUGUGUCCUUUUAUAAUUUCGAUCGAUUCAAAGUUAUUGACGACGAUCUUAUGGGAUCGUUAUUAAGGGCUAAGGAUAUGUUUGGAAAUGUUUUUAUUGUGAAUUGGGAUGGUACCAGUGAUUAUAGAAAAAGUUCCAUUAAAAGUGAUCAUUUAUGCGUGCCAAGUGAUGAUUUCACUUUGAGAAGUAGAUAUAGAAUUUUUGCUAUGAAAAGAGACUUAUCUGGUUACGAAUACCAUCAUAAAUCGGUAUUGAUUGCACAAGAUAAUAAAGUUACAACUGAUAAGGAUACAAGUAUUUUUCAUUGUCCUGUUCCUGCUCGUUCUGAACUUUAUUAUAGUAUGUCACUGACGCCAUGGAACCAAAAAUUUUUUUUUAAAAAAUGGCCUCAGCCUUAUCACGUUUCUGAACUACGAGCGACUAAUUUUGAAAGAGGUCAUUUCAUACGAAGUACUUAUUCAAUUCCAUACGAUUGGCUUUUUCCAUUUGGUAAGAACGGAAAUGGAAUUUUUGCGAAUACGUGGAAUUUGACUUUUAAAGAAAAUAUGGAAAACAAAAUUUUACCGGAUUUUUUCAUUAUUCGAUUACUGCAGCAGAUCAAGCAGAGAGACGAUAACGUUAUAAUUAAUCUACGGAAGGCCCUCCAUCGUUAUUUUUAUUCAAUGAUCAAUGAGUUCGGUGAAUACCGAUCGUACGUACCGAAGAAUGAAAAAACCAAAGCUGAAACUGAACUAGAGAUCGAUUUGAAAAUUAUUUUUUUGGGUUACAAGAAUACAAUAAACCCGAAAUAUUUCCAAGAAGGUGUGUUUUCCAAGCAGAAUCCGCCAGUGGAGAAAAAAAUAAAAAAAAUCAUUACCGAAAGGAAAGAGCGUAAAAAGCAAAGAAAGAGCAAAGACGAAAUAGAAUGGUAUCUCAAAUGCAGAAGAGAGAAUACAAAAAUUCCAUAUUUCGAUUUAGUAAAUGGCGCUUGUUUCCUAUGGGUAAAUAAUUGCCUAGAAAAGACCCUCGAUUCCAUUCAUAAGCAAGAGGAGUAGAAAAACUUUAAUACGUUCCUGUAUAUCCGAAAAAUUGAACCAUAGAGCACAAUGCCAGUGUGAAGAUACGCGAGAAAUAAGGGUGGAAGGAUAUAGAGGACGAGGGGUCUCAGGAAUAGCAAGUGAAGAGAAUGGAAAAGAGAAAGCUUAGGAAAGCUUUGUCAAGUGGCAUUUAUUUCUUCGUAAAAUGGCAAAUUCGUUUUAACCCUCGUCCAGAAAGCUUCACGAUGGAACUUUAAGCUUUUCAGCUUGGUGCGGCAACCAAUACGCA